GUAGCUUAGUUUUCCUACGUCAAUUGCGGAAGUUGGUGUGCUCAUACGCAACGCAGUCCCACUUCAAGAAGUGCCUCCUAACGGAAGGUGUGCUGUUCUUUCGGUGACUUUUCAAAAUUGCUGCUGGUGUUUAGUGCUGAGAGAUUUAAUAUUUAGUUAAAACACUUACCCUGUGGUCACAGUUUUAUAGUUGUUGCUUCGCUAAUGCACCUUACCCACGAGGAAACUACGCAUGCUCAUCCAAAGUACCCUAGAAGUGUUCGUGUUGUUGAAGUUGGUCCACGAGACGGUCUACAGAAUGAACCACAAAUUGUUCCAACUGAAGUGAAAAUAGAAUUCAUCAACCGUUUAUCAAGUGCUGGAUUUAAAACAAUAGAGGUUACAAGUUUUGUAUCACCAAAAUGGGUUCCUCAAAUGGCAGAUCACAAGGAAGUUCUAAAGGGCAUAAAGAAAUGGGAAAAUGUAAGCUACCCUGUACUUGUCCCAAAUCUCAAGGGACUUAAUGCUGCUAUUGAAGCUGGAGCUAAGGAGGUAGCAGUUUUUGGUGCAGCUUCUGAGACAUUUAGCAAGAAAAACAUCAACUGUUCUAUCAGUGAAAGUCAACAGCGGUUCAAGGAAGUAAUAACUGAAGCUUUAAACAAUGGCAUUAAAGUGAGAGGCUACGUUUCCUGUGUAUGCGGCUGCCCAUACGAGGGAAAAAUUCAGCCUGAAGCCGUUGCGAAGAUGGCUGCUGCUCUUUACGAAUAUGGUUGUUACGAAAUUUCGCUUGGUGAUACUAUUGGUGUUGGCACUCCAGGUUCCAUGAGAACGAUGCUGGAAGAAGUGAUGAAACAUGUACCUGUCAAAAGUUUAGCAGUCCAUUGUCAUGACACUUAUGGACAGGCAUUAGCCAAUGUCCUCACUUCUUUGGAGUGUGGUGUAACAGUUGUGGACUCAUCAGCCUCUGGGCUAGGUGGCUGUCCAUAUGCCAAAGGUGCAUCAGGAAACGUUGCUACUGAAGACCUUGUCUACAUGCUACAUGGAAUGGGCAUUGAAACAGGAAUUGACAUGGAAAAGCUCCUCGAAGCUAGUGAAUUUAUUGCAAAUAGUCUUAAAAGGCCAACUGGUUCUAAAGUGUGUCAAGCUCUUAGCAAGUUAUGAUAUGUUAACAAAAAAACAUCUUGGCUGUAUUUAUAUCUGUGAUCAUACCUCAUUAUAAUAACUCAAAACAAAUUCUGUACUUGGAGUGUAAUAUAUUCUAUUUUGAGGCGCUACUUUAGCCAUUGAGCAACAUAUUUUGACACUGUUAAGCAAAACUACCUACAAAAUUGCAAUACCUGUUAGUAACUCAGCUGUGUGAAUAGUAGAUGCCUGCCUGCUGCACAUUCAAACUUUCAGUUUUUGAAGAGUAAUUAUUUUUCAUCAUUGUAGUUUUGGUAAUUACAAAUUAGGUUUGUGGAUUUCCUAUUGUAGGAGAAGUAAUAUUUUAUAUUUAUGGGAGCAAAGAUUGAUAUUUUGCAACCAUUAUAUUUCUGUGUUAUCUGGUACAUGAUUUGUUCAACAUUAAUCUGCAUCUAUAGUUCAGGCUACUAAAGCAUGCUGGGGUGGUGCUACUUGUUUCAGAGGUAGUUAGUUCAAUUCCUGGUAAUGGAAGAAAUUUGACCAGUAAGGGAGGUGUAAAAUUGUUGAUCAUCAGACUGCACCAGCGGAGAGAUAAAUAUGCUAUGUGCUGUACCACAUUUUUACCCUCUCCUUCAAUCAUCAUCAUCAUAAUACAAACAUGACAGUUGACAGCCAUUACAGUCACCUACUUUCAGCAGAUACAAAAGACGGAACUCUCAUUCACUGAGAGAAAAGAGGCUAUUGUGUGUGGAAGAAAAACACCCUUUCCAGUUAUGCAUCUGCAUCAACCCCUGAGGAACUCCUAGCCAACAAAGCCAAACAACACUUUCUUUUGUUUUAAACUGAUACAAACAAAAGUUCAUUAACUUAUAAAGUAAGCUACUAUAAGAAUCACUGGAUUACUGAUGGCCCAGUGAUAAAGUGCCAGAUUUAUGAUCCAAAUGUCUUAGGUUAUCUUCUUGGUCAGUUCUGAGGUUUUUGUCUGUUACUUAUAAUUUUUUUCAUCUCUAGCAACGUUUGUUAAUGUUGAAAAUGCAAAGUUGUGCACAAUUACUUUACCACUGAGGUAGGCGACAAAUUUGUUAAGAUACAGCAUUCAAAAAAUCAGCCAGAUUCCAGUUUUCCUUGACUUCCAUAAAUCACUUAAGGCAAAUAUCAGGGUGAUCCCUUUCAAAGUACAUGGCAGAGUUACCUAUGCUUGUCCUAUCUGAGCAUGUGCUGCCUUUAAUAGCCUUGUCAUCCAUGAGGUACUAAAUUUUGAUCCAACAAAUACUCUCUUACACUAGUGUUAAUGACUUAGACCAGCAGUUGUCCUGUGAUGAUGCUGCUUCCUUAGUUAUCACAAGUAAAUAUCAAAGUAGUCUUAAUAAUUCUUCAAUAUUUAAUGCAAUUUACUGAUUUAUAACUUGGUUUUUGCAGGCAGCAUUGCUAUAGUGUAUUGAACUACUGACACAGACAUCACACUUCAUUUCCUGUUGUUACCUGCGAUUAUUUAAAGUUAAUGUUACAUAUUUUUUUACUGAUUCUGUAGGGAAUCAUAUUCAUAUGUGCUGAGAUCAGAGGAAUUACUGUGUUCUGAAAUAAUUUACUUGUUAAUGAUUUUAUGGAAUUUAAAUGCUGACACUUCUUUCAUAUUUCCAUCUCUGUUCCUCAAUUGGGCUUCAGAAAUGUGUCCAUUCCAGUAAUACAGAGAAAGCAUUCCAUUUACUGUGUAAGUUUCUACUUUCAGGGUAAAAGCAGAUUUUGAAAAACUUAAUUUAUCAGUGAAAAUAUGAAUUUGAGUUGUUUGAUAGGAUCUUCAAAGAAAAAGUACCCAGAGUUAAACUUUAUCAGGUUGAACGGUGUCAGCAAACAUACAUACUGCCAGCUUUUAAAUUCGGAAUUUACUUUUAUUUGCUGAGGAGGAAGAAACAGAGCUUAGGCAGUCAACUUCAUCAGCUUAUACCAAUGCAUCUCAGACCCUUGUGUGUGGGGGAAUGUGCAAGUAGUAUGGGAGGGGGAUUAUAGAUUGAAUUUCUUACAAAUAGUUUUGCACAAAACAGGGUAUAUAAGGGCAUAAUACUGUUUGCAGAGCACAUAAAUUAUAUAAAACAGCUGCAGGAAAUGAAUUCUAUUUUGGUUGCAAAAGGCACUGAUAGUCACUGUCUAACCGCCUGUCAGGGCUUUAUAAGCAUUUGAAAUCACUCUAGUAUUAAAAAACGGAAUAAUAACUGGAAGAUAUAUUUCUAAAUAUCUCAGUGGAUCCAUUGAAGCGUACUACAGUGUUUCUUAAAGUGUUUGGUUGAUGAAUUGCAUUUUGUAUUGACAUAUUUGUUUUUCAUUUAUGUUAGUCUGUUAUGUGUACUGCUGUUAGAAUGAGAUUGUUAUUGACUUAAUGUUAUUUACAUUCCAAAAUGAUUUGUGCUUUUUUUUUUAAUAUUUUGUGUCUAUAUAAACUCAACUAUUGAGUUAACAA